AUGAAUACCAUAUUUCACGAUUUAAUUGGACAGUCUGUGGAAGUUUACAUCGAUGGCAUCAUGGUGAAAUCCAAGAGUUUCUCGGAACAUCUGGUGAAUCUCGAGCAAGCUUUCCGGCGAAUGAGGCACUAUAAUUUGAAGAUGAAUCCAGCGAAGUGCGCAUUCGGGGUGUCCUCCCGAAACUUUUUGGGUUUCAUGGUGCAAUAUAAGGGUAUCGAGGUAGAUAGUAACAAAACGAAAGCUAUCAUCAAUGCCCGACCACUUGAGAAUCUGAAGCAGCUCCAAGGAUUCUUUGGGCAGGUGAACAUUUUUCGAAGAUUUGUUUCGAAUGCUGCAGGAAAGCUUAAAGUUUUUUCCAUGUUACUCAAAUUGCGGAAGACAGAGAAGUUUGUGUGGACGCUGCCACACCAGCAGGCUUUCGAAGCUAUUAAGGAAGCUCUGACCAAUCCGCCAGUGUUGAUGCCGCCGCAAGCAGGCAGACCUCUACGCUUAUAUGUUUCGGCCACUGAGAAUACGGUCGGUUGCUUACUGGUGCAGGAGGCUCCCGAUAGAAGCGAGCGUGCCAUUUUUUACCUUAGUAAUGUAAUGAAUGAUGCGGAGACAAGUCCGAUGCCAUGGAUCUUAAAGUUUGACGGUUCUAGCACGCAAACCAAUGCUGAAGCUGGGUCCUUAUCGAGAGCCCAUGGGGAAGAAAGUGGACCUUUGUUAGACCAUUGGCAUCCGGAUUUACUAAUAAUUAAGCAGAGAAAGUUCAAGUCUGGGCGAGUAUGUCUGUGCCCAGUGGAAGUGGAUGAUUGGCGUAUGGAGCUAAGAAAGUAUUUGGAUCAACCAACCGGUGAUACUCAUGAAAAGUUACGGAAACAGGCUCUGAAAUUUACUUUGAUUGAUGGAGAUCUUUUUCGGAGAGCCGCCGAUGGAAUGCUAUUGAAAUGCGUAGAUACUCAAAAAGCCAUGAAGGUGAUGGGUGAAGUGCAUAAAGGGGUUUGCGGAGCACACAAAUCCGGGUUAGUCAUGAGAUGGACGAUCCGACGAUAUGGGUAUUUUUUGCCAUCAAUGACAGAAGACUGCAUCAAGUAUGCUCAAGGAUGUGAAGCGUGUCAGCGACAUGGUCAUUUGAUCCAAAUUUCAGCGGAAGAAAUGCAUACGGUCGUGAAAACCAUGGCCAUUCCGGGGAUGGGCGAUGGAUAUUAUCGGAAAAAUCCAUCCGCCAUCCUCCAAGCGACACUCGUUCAUAUUGGUGGCCACGGAUUAUUUCACAAAAUGGAUAGAAGUUGUACCAUUGGCCAAUAUCAAGGUACUGGUUUUACCAGUGAUAGAGUGGUAGCCUUUGCCACACAAUACGGGAUUACUCUUUUGCAUUCGUCCCCGUAUUAUGCGCAAGCAAAUGGGCAGGCUGAAGUAGCCAAUAAGAUCUUGAUCGGAGUAAUUAAAAAGGUCGUGGAAGAUAACCCGAGAAGAUGGCACAAAGUGUUGGGGGAGGCUUUAUGGACCUGUAGGCAAUACCGAAAUAAAUCCACUGGUUGCACUCCAUUCCAUCUGGUCUAUGGGCAAGAGGCGAUACUGCCGUUGGAAAUCACGGUGCCAUCUUUACGAGUGUUGAAGCAGAAUUUGCUCAAUCCCGAGCAAUAUGCCACAGCUAUGUUGCAAAGGUUGGACGACGUACACGAAGAUCGGAUGAUGGCCUUGGAUAAUAUCCAAGUGAAUAAAGCGAGAGUAGCACGAGCUUACAACAACAAGGUACGUCGGCGAACAUUCUACGAAGGAGAUUUAGUAUGGAAAACAGUGUUACCCGAAGGAUUCAAAGAUAAUACGUUUGGGAAGUGGUCUCAUACGUGGGAAGGUCCAUAUCAAGGUAAUUGUUGGACCCCAAGUCCAAAUAACUCAAAGUUGAAGAUAGCAACUUCCAUCAGGCUGCGAAGCUUCCAUAGAGCAAGAGGGUAUACCUUCCAUAGGCCUUUAGACAACAAGCUCCAUCAACCCUGGGUUGGUAACUUCGUAACAUUAAUAGAAGACCCCGGCACCUACAUGUCCUAUAUGGAAGGUUCUAUGGGUCAAACCGAAAUAAAGAAGAAGGAGGAUUCCAUGUAA